AUCACGCAUCCUUUAAAUGUUCGGAUAUGAAAUGCGAUCCGAUUAUGUAAUCAUGAAUAUAAGUUAAAAUAAUGUAUUAAAGAUUUAAAAAAAAUAAAUCUACGUCUAUUUUAGGCGACAGCUCAGCUGCGCAUGCGCGCAUGCUACACACAGCGCCAUUUUGGAUCUACAGCUGCUGGAACAGGAGCUAACAGUUUUGUUUCGAUUUUAUAGUUUAAUCGGCACGUGUUUUGUCUGUUUGUUCAUCCAGUGUGUUUUAACUUCACGGAGAGUCCCCGAAGCCUCCCGGGGCCCGAGCUGGAGCGCACAUGGACGGGGAAGAGGACGAGUUAAUGCCCAGGAGCCACUCUGAUGAUGGAGGUGGAACUCCAGUCCAAGACGAACACCCACAGUCAGACACAGAGGAAGCCAAAAGCGACAGACAUCAAUCAGAGGAUGAGGGCAGUAAUGAUGAGACCACACAGCCAAUGGACACCAGUGGAGCCAUGAGCGAUUCAGAUGGAGAAAUACCCAGGAAAGAUCAAGAUGAGGACAGCGAAAACGAGCUGGAAAAAAAACAGGAAGAGCACAGCGACAACGAAACCAAAGAGCAUGAUCCGAGCAGCGACAUGGAACAAGCGAAAGAACAGGGAGACAUGAGCGGAAGUGAUGAGGAUUCUCCAGAAAAACAUCGACCCAAUGUUUCUGAGAACGAAUCACCGGCCAAACAGCCUCAAUCUGACCAGGAGGGGGAGCCGUCCAGUUCACCCAAGCGCAGGGGCAGCACGUCGGAUGCAGAGGAGGGAGGAGCUGUCCCCCGGGAAAUGGAAAACGCAACCAAAAUGACGUCUGACUCGGAAUCUGAAAAACACGACAGUGAUUCGGAUGGUGGAAUAAGAAAGAAACGGAGACAGUUGGACUCGGAUGAUGAAGAGGAGGAAGAAGAGAGGGAGAAGAAUGGAGGGGAGGGAGAAAGAGAGGGGGAAGAGAGAGGAGAGAAAGGGAGAGAGGCGGAGUCAGGGAAAUGGAAGGGAGUGAUGCAGUCCGACAGUGAAGAAGAGGAGAGAGAAGGGACAAAGGCUAAGCGCGAGGGAGAACAAGAUGGAGGACAGAAGGACAGUGGCGAUGAAGACGACAGACCAGUUAAAAGGAAAAAGGCCAUUUUGUCUGACAGUGAAGAUGAGGAGGAAGAAAAGGCAGACCAACCUGUGAAGAGGAGUAGAGCGGUGUCGGACGGUGAGGACUCAGACUCCGACUCCUCCGUGGGGCCCGAUAAAUCGUUAGCAGCUAAACUCCGAGAGCUAGGGUCGGCCAGUGAAGACGAAGAAGAGACAAAGACAGAAGUGAAGAAGGAUGAGAAGGCUCUGUUUGGAAGUGACAGCGACUCCGCAGAGGAUGAAGAGGAGAAAAUGAUCGCAGACAUCUUUGGAGAAUCAGGAGACGAAGAAGAGGAGGAGUUCACUGGCUUUAACCAGGAGGAUCUGGAGCAGGAGAAGAAAGAAACUCCUCAAAAGAAACAACAAGAAGAAGACUCUGACUCGGACGAAGGAGUCGACCGCAGCGGACAGGACAUUAGUUUCAUGUCAGACUUUGACAUCAUGUUGGCCAAGAGAAAAGCCAUGAACAGCAAGAGACGAAAACAUCGCGACGGAGGAACGUUUAUCAGCGACGCCGACGACGUGGUCAGCGCCAUGAUCAACAAGAUGAACGAGGCUGCCGAGGAGGAUCGAUCUCUGAACAGUCAGAAGAAACCAGCUCUGAAGAAGCUCACGCUCCUGCCUCAGGUCGUGAUGCAUCUCAAAAAGCAGGACUUAAAGGAGACGUUCAUCGACAGUGGAGUCAUGUCGGCCAUUAAAGAGUGGAUCAGCCCUCUGCCAGACAAGUCUCUGCCCGCACUCAGGAUCAGAGAGGAACUGCUCCGAAUACUACAGGAGCUGCCCAGUGUGAGCCAGGAGACGCUGAAGCACAGUGGGAUUGGACGAGCCGUGAUGUUUCUGUACAAACAUCCCAAAGAGUCAAGAACCAACAAAGACCUGGCUCUGAAGCUUAUCAACGAGUGGUCACGGCCGAUCUUUGGGCUUACGUCGAAUUACAAAGGAAUGACACGAGAAGAGCGACAACAGAGAGACUUGGACCAGCAAAUGCCCCAGAGACGCAGGCUCAGUCAACCCCAGAAGGUGGAGAGAGCUUUGGAGACGGACGUCUUCUCUCCACCAAUCAGUUCUGGAGGUCAGACGCCGCGCCGUGACUUGGAGAAGCAGCUGACUGGAGAGGAGAAAGCCCUGCGACCAGGAGAUCCGGGGUUCUGCGCCCGAGCCCGAGUCCCCAUGCCGUCCAACAAAGACUAUGUGGUCCGACCCAAGUGGAACGUGGAGGGAGACUCGAGCCGGGGUCCAGUGAAAAAAGGCCUUUCUCGUGUGGACAAACAGAUGCGUCGGUUCCAGGACAUUCGGCGUCUCACUAAAACGGGUCACGCCGUAAAGAUCAGCGUGGAGGGAAACAGGAUGCCGCUCUGAUUUUAAAUUUUAGGAUUAUUCACUUUUAUUUUAAAUUAAAAAUGUUAUUUUAAAUGUUUUUUGGGUAAAAGUGUAAAAGUAUCUGCUGUGAUCCCAGUGGAAUAAACAGUGGGUACAAUCA